AUGCCUGUGUCUAUAAUAAAUUCUACCACUAACCAAAAAUCAAAGCGAUUUACACAUGUGAGUAGGAGCACAAACAAAACAACACAAUCUUCGGGGAUUAGUGUGGAUGAUGUAUUGAACAAGUAUACUAAAUACAAGGCAGGCAAGGGAGUUUGUUUAAAUGAAAAUACUAACGAAUUGGAUCGACUUGAGUUCUCUAUAUCACAGCUGUCCUUUAUAAAAAAUACUAAAUUAGAUUCAAUCAACAGGAAUAUAUAUGAUUUCGUCAGUUCUUCCAUCAAACAGCACGAGUCUAACACAAGUCAAUUAACUUCCAAUUUAUCCACAAUUUAUACUAGUUCCGAGUACAACGAUGUGAAUAAUUUACUUUUGCAGGCUUCUUUUUGGGGUAAUCUGGAAGAGAUUAUUCAUUGUCUAGAUUCAGGCGCUUAUGUUAACUAUUCUGAUCAAGUGGGUAGGUCUGCUAUACACUAUUCCACUGCAUUAGGGUCAUUGGAUUGUGUUAAAUUUCUAAUUUCACGCGGUGCCGAUGUAAAUGCGGUGGAUCUAAAGUCUUGGACAUCUUUGCACAUAGCGGUGACUAAGAACUAUACAAUUGUGGCAAAACUUUUGAUAGACGCGGGAGCUGAUGUGAAGGCUCUCCUAACACACAAAUGUGCUCCCAGCAGAAGGGUAGGCGUAUAUUCCACUUGCAUACAUUUUGCUGCCAUAAAGGGCAAUGUGGAGAUGACAAAGUUGCUUAUGGAGAAUGGAUUGUCGAUUAAUGACAGAGACUCUGCCAAUCUCACUCCUCUAGAUUAUGCUGCCUUCCGUAAAAAUUACAGGUAUCUGAACUAUAUAAUUGACAAUGGGGGCAAAAUUGACAAUAUUGACAUCAAUAACCGCACUGUACUACACUCUGCAGCGCUUGGUGGACAUGUAGAUAAUUUCAAGCUUUUGUUGGCAAAGGGUGGAAACCCUAAGGUGCGUGACAAUUGGGGCUUAACUCCUUAUGACUUAGCUGUACUCAGAAACCAUGAUAAGCUGAUUAGAUUCAUGGAGAAGAACAAGUGUAAUAUAAAGGGUAUAGAUGGCAUAGGCGGGUCUAUGGGUCCCACCGUUAGCGAUAGAAGUUUAGCCAAUGCCAUAGCAAUUUCCCUAGAAGAGCCAAAUGUUGAUAGCAUUGCCAUGGCGGUUAAGUGUCUUGGUAGCGAAUUAUGUUUGAAACUUUUGGAAGCUGCUCUAGCUGUGGAUAGAAAGGGCGGGAUGAUGACUAUGGAUGGGAAGCGGAAGAGAAGUAGGGGCGGCGUCUUUUUUUUUCUAUUAAAGGAACUAUACCAUAAUGGCCAUGUGUCUAGAGACGACUAUGCUUACAUAAAGAUUCUGGACAGGGAAUCAGUGAAGCCUAAGACGUUAAGCGUAUCAGUUAGGAGAAACAGUCUCAAACAUGCUACAACUUCCAGAACAGGUGUUUCCAAUGCAAAAAUUAGUGAUUUUAGUUGUAGAAACUCCAAUAAAAUCGGUUCAACUAAUGACAUUACCAACCGUGCCGAUAGUUCAAAUAUAAAUACUACAAAGGAGGAUCAUGUCGAUAACAAAUUAGUAAAUGAUAAAUAUUCUACUGUAAAGCAUCUGAAUGGCAAAGGGAAACGAGUUACAAAGCCAAUUUUAACCAAGGAUAAACAAUUAAACAACAUUAAAUCUUAUUCAGACGAUGUUACUACGGAGAUCCAAGACAAUGUACAACUGAAUCAUAAAAUUCAAAUGUUGAUACUUUUGCAGAAAUUCCAACAGCAAUUGAAUGUCAAUAAUCCUAUACAUAGUGAAAAUAAUACUAAAUCAAGCAUUGGAAAUGGAGAUUCCGCCGGUAAUAUAGUGACUGGAAAUAGCACUAACAAGGGCUGCAGAAAGACGCAUCAAGCAUAA